ACACAUCUCAAAAACACCACACAAAAAUGGCUCCUCAAAUGGAAUUUGUCUCCAAGACUCAACAUUAUCUUAAGGUCAAGAAACCUCAAUUGGAACGUGAAAGACGUGCUCGCAUUAACAAGUGUUUGGAUAACCUCAAAGAAUUGGUUGCCGAAUUUCAAGGCAAUGACAACAUUUUGCAUAUGGAUAAAGCAGAAAUGUUGGAAACUGCAGUCAAAUUCAUCAAGACUCAAGUACGCAAACCAAAAGUUCCUGUUGCUCCCGCAGUACCAAUGGAUUCUUUCCGUCAUGGCUAUAUGAAUGCUGUCAACGAAGUUUCCCGAGUUAUGGCUGCCACUCCGGGCAUGAAUGUCCAAUUGGGCAAAGCUGUUAUGAUUCAUUUGGGUUCAGAAUACAACCGUUUAUCGGAGGUCCCCACUCCAGUUCAAACUGAAGAAAUCUGUUCACCACCCAUGUCUCCUGCAUCAUCCGGUUAUCACAGUGAUGAGGAUAUUUCACCAGCCGCAUCACCAGCUCCCACUAAACCUGUAUGGCGUCCUUGGUAGAUUACUGAAAUCAACUACCAUUGAAAAAAUAUAUUUAAGAGCUUUAACUGCAAUAUUCGACAACUGUGGUGCUGUGAUAUCCAUCAACUACUCAACUGUGGUAAUCAAACCCUUAGAUUUAA